AUGACGGACCGCUGGCGGCGCGCGCUUUCAGCUGCUCUCUUGGGUUUCUGUUGCGCAUCGGUUUGCGCAGAAGACCAAUCAGCUGGGCGAAAGGCGGCUGCCGUCGGAGGCCUUCCCUUGACCUUCGACCAGCCUUUCGUCUACGAGAAUGGCGAGAGAUGCGGGGCGGACACUGGAUGCCUCACCUACACCUCGAUCGGCGAGCGCGCCGGCGAGGACGCCCUGGGCGCCUUCUACGAGGUCGCGGAGUGGACGCGGACGCAGGCGGGCACCACGGUCAUCUUCGCCAGCAGGACCUACGGCGAUGGCACGCAGGUCUUCAAGCAGGCGUUCCCCGACGGUCUCAAAGGCACAAGCACGGGCGACAAGGACCUCGUCAGCACAGCCUACCCGCGCGUGGUACUCUCCGCUGACCCCGACCUGCGCUUCGUCACUCCGGGCGGGUACAUGGCCGGCUGGACGCUCAUGGCCCACGGCAGCCUGCCCUCGGACGCCGCUCGGUUCCGCGGCGGCGAGGACGGCGGGAUCGUCGUCCUGUUCCGCGCCCGCGACUCCAGCGCGGCGGCGGCCAGCGUGGUCAUCUCGGCCCUCGCGAGCGCCCCGUCAGCGUGCCUGACCCCAGCUUCGAGGCUGGACGGGGCUUGGGGACUGACGCUGAGGAAGUACCAUUCCACCGUGAAGAUACCAGACCCGACGGCCGAGUACUUGAGCUAUUAUACUGACAACGGAGCCUACCAUUACUACAACCCUCUCCCCUUCACUAACUUCCGUGAUGCUGUUCUGGAUGUGUACAACCACUCGGUGCAGCUUGGUGUUCCCAUCAGGUACCUGCAGCUGGAUUCCUGGUGGUACCACAAGGGAGCGGGCGGAGGCGUCAAGAACUGGACCGAGAUACCAUACAUCAUCCCCGACGGUAUUGGUAACCUUUACGAAACCACUGGAUGGCCAAUCAUCGCUCAUAAUAGGUACUUCAGCAGCGAUACCGACUACGCGCGCCAAAAUGGAGGCCCCUACGCCUUCACCAUCGACGCCGCCACCUCGAAGGCCCUGCCGCUGGAGGAGGCGUUCUGGGACGACCUCCUCGACGAGGCGCUGACGUGGGGCCUCGCUACCUACGAGCAGGACUGGCUGGAUCGUCAGUACAUGCACACGAGCGCCCUACACACCGACGUCGAGUUAGCGGGGAAAUGGCUCGACCAGAUGGGCGGGGCUGCUCUCGAGCGUGGCAUCAACGUCCAGUACUGCAUGUCCCUCACACGACACCUUCUGUAUUCCGUCACCCUACCCGCCGUCACGCAGAUACGAGUCAGCGAUGAUUAUAUGCUCAGUCCGGACCAGUGGCGCAUCGGCGUGACAAACCUCCUCGCCCACGCCCUUGGUCUCAAGCCCUUCAAGGACGUGUUCUGGUCCUCGAAGGAGAAUGCCAACAACUUCUUCAAGGACUGCGAUCUGGCCCUCCCCGAAAGCAUCUGGCACCCCAUGGCACUUAGGCACAGAUACGGAGGGAGGAUCAACGUUACGGCGUCCGGCAAGGAGUGCGUGGCAUGGACGGACUUCGGUUGGGAUGAUAAGUACUACGGCAGCGGCAUGGCCCUCAACCUCUGCCGCAACCCAGAGGACCUGAGGGACCGCCCCUUCUGCUACACGAAGGCGGGCUUUGAUAUCCCCGAGGAGGAGUGGGAGUGGGAGUACUGCGCCGCCCCCGUCUGCGACGUCGACUGCUACUUCGGCGACGGAGCCUUCUACAUCGGCGGCCACAACGUGACGCAGAACGGCCUCUCGUGCGUCGACUGGGCGGGCGAGUUCGGCCUCUCCGGCGCCCGCUGCCGAAACCCCGACGGCGACGUCGCCCCCUGGUGCUUCGUCGCGGAGGACCACUCGCAGCGGGACUACUGCGACAACGAGUGCCCCGAGGCCGUCGAGUACAGCCCCGAGCUGCAGAGCGCCGUCUCGACCCUCGCCGGAGGGCCUCUGGGCGUGGGCGACAAGGCGCAGAACCUGGACGUCGAGCUCAUUAUGAAGUCGUGCAACAAGGAGGGCCUCCUCCUCCACCCGACGAAGCCCGCGACGGUCAUCGACCUGUACUUCAUGUCCCCCGAAUACCGGGAGGUCUGGACGGGAUACAGCACCGUCGGCGACUACACCUUUGGCUUCAUCUUCCUGGCGGAGGUCGAGAAGCCCCUGUCUCUCUCGAGCUUUGACCUCAACCUCGACGAAGCCUUCCUCACCGACGUCCUUCUGUGGCAGAAUUACCCGGAGGGAUCCUCGCACCAGCAGCUCGUCGGGGUAGGCGAGGGCGUCCUCCUCCCGCCGUGUGGAGGCUUCCUCAACUUCUGCCUCUUCUACACGUCGCCUGCCAUCAGCGCGGGGGGCAAGGACCUCUUCAUCCUGGGCGAGAGGGGCAAGUGGGUGCCCGUCUCGCCGCAGAGGAUUUCGGGCGUUGAGGCGACGUCGACGAGCGUUGAGGUGUCCGUCUCGGGCGUCGAGGGGGAGAGGGUCGUCCUGUCGUUCUCUGACGGCGAAGUCUUCGACGUCGCUUGCGAUUUCCAGGCGAGCGGGACCAUGACAAUUGAUGUCUCCUCCCGCGCUUGCAGCUAGCAGAGUGCAGUUGUGAGCUCCCCUAAGUUGCAGUCCGAAUGUGCUCUCAGUUCGCUAUGAGAUUCAAUAAAAAAGAAUUCUUAAAA